UCCGUCAUGUCUGAGACGUUUGAUUUGACUGAAUUUACAUUAGAAGGGUUCGAAGGUAAACUAAUACGUUCUUAAUUAAUUCAAUGACCUGACUUAAUAAAACGCGGUAAUAGAUGAGAACAUCCAUUGCAUUACUUUGCAUUCAAAACCAGGUAGUGAUCUAAUCAGUAGACUGUUGCAAACUCUGUAUAUUAAAAAUGUUAUUGUUGAAUAUUUUUCAACGAUUUUAACUGGUGUUUCAUUAUAAAUGGAAAAAUAAAUAGAAACAUGUAUGAAAGUGUAACAACAGACUUCCCAGACCGCAAAAAGUCAGGCAUUUUAUAUCUUCCCACCACCAAGGCAAUAGCAACUGUCAACCCACCUAUAUUAAUGGAAAUACAAAAUUUAGUCGACGCAAAAUUCAUAUCUAGAGUAAUUAGGUAUUGUCUAAAUAUUAAAGAUAAAUACAAGAUAUGCCCAAUGGUUAUCGUCAUAGCAGUGAAUGGAUUUGAAACAAAAAAAUACAGAGAAAAACGUUUUAUCAGGAGAAUAACUAUUACAUAACGACAUGUGAACAUUGGGCUGAAACAAUUAAAAUCUAUUCCCUUGAUACCAUUGCAGAUGGCAUAUUAAAAACACCUAUGAACGAGUUUAUCGCGCUUACGUAUUUCCUUUGUUCUUAGCAAAGAUCAAUUCUUGCGCUAGAAGAAUGGUCAAAUCCAAAUCUACAAAAAAUCUAUUAUCUCGUCAAUCAAUCGAGUAUAAUCUUACAGUAGAG